AUGUCCCCUGUUAAACUGCUCUUUUCUUGUCUUCUUUUCAAAGAAGCUCUCGCUCUGUCAGGAAGCUUUUGGCACAUCACUGAUCUGCACUGGGAUCCAACAUACAAGCUAAGCGAUGAUCCCGAGCUGGUGUGCGCGUCCAGCGGCGGCCGACCGGCGAGCGGUGCUGGGCAAUUUGGAGACUAUGUUUGUGACUCGCCGUGGAACCUCAUCAACUCUUCUGUCUAUGCGAUGAAGAUGAUUCUACCGGACCCGGACUUCAUCGUAUGGACAGGGGAUGACACACCACAUGUACCCAAUGAGGAUUUGGGAGAAGAAGCUGUGGUUAACAUCAUUGGGAACCUGACACAACUUAUAAAAGAGGUGUUUCCAAACACUAAGGUGUACUCUGCACUGGGUAAUCAUGACUACCAUCCUAAGAGUCAGCUUCCAGCUGGCAAUAACAAAAUAUAUGACCAAUUAGCAGAUAUGUGGCAAGAUUGGCUGGAACCAACGUCCAAGGAAACAUUCAGAAAAGGUGCAUUUUACACAGAGAAACUGCUGAGCCGAACAGGUUUUAGAAUGCUGGUUCUGAACACUAACCUCUACUAUGACCAAAACGCGCUCACCCAAAACAUGGAAGACCCCGCUGACCAGUUCCGCUGGACAGAUCAGGUUCUUACAGAGGCGGCCAACAACAACGAGAAGGUGUACAUCAUUGGCCAUGUUCCUCCAGGUUUCUUCGAGAAGAAAAGAAGCAAACCAUGGUUCAUGCCAAAAUUCAACCAGUAUUAUUUGGACUUAAUUAAGAAGCAUCAUUCUGUUAUAAGAGGGCAGUUUUUCGGCCAUCAUCACACGGACAGCUUCAGGAUGUUCUACGAUGGGGCGGGCUCACCUAUCAGUACGAUGUUCCUGAGCCCGGGCGUCACACCCUGGAAAACUACACUUCCAGGAGUCGUGGAUGGAGCCAACAACCCUGGAAUUCGUGUCUUUGAAUAUGACACUGAAACACUCCUGGUCAAAGACGUGGUGACCUACUACCUGGACCUCGCUCACGCGAACGCCGUCACGGGGCGCUGGGAGAAAGAGUACCGCCUCACAGAGACUUUCAGGGUACCGGACGCGUCUCCGGCCUCCAUGCACCAGGCUCUGGAGCGGAUAGCCAGCGAUCGCUGCUUCCUACAGAAGUACUACGACUUCAAUUCCGUCAACUACGACCUGACAACGUGUGACAGUGACUGCCGUAUUGACCACGUGUGCGCAGCAAGGGAGGUAGACUUUGACAGAUAUGAAGACUGUCUGGUAAAAGAAGGCGCGACCUCUGUCUAUAGUGGGAUACUGCCUGUCGUUUCUGUGGCUGUGAGUCUGCUGAUGGCCCGUGGGCAAUAAGUAGCACUGUCACAUAUUAAAUCUUUAAACUUUGAGCAAAGUGAAAGUCAUUCGAGGGAAAUAGAACCGACCAACAUUUUUUUUUUUGUUUUUUAGAGGGCAUUAAGGACUUUGAGGGCUUGAGGGCAUUGUGGAGGAGAAAGAAACUUGACUGUAAUUUAAGAAAUAUAUUUUUAUUUAAAAGUGGACGACAGUGUUUGUGCUUUUAUGUUGUGAGGUGUGUGAUGAAAUUAACAUAUGAAGUAAUGACUUUUAUGUAAUUUACAAGAAAUGUUUUGCUUCAACAAUCAUUUACGUGACCAUAGACCUUGGUUUAUUGGCACUGGUUGAACUCGACAUUCCCAGGAAGUAGUGGAACAUCUCGGUAUGAUUGUAUCUCUCAGAAUGCUAAAAUGAUAAGAACUUCAAAGU